AUGUCGACUUCACCAUGGUAUAAAUAUGUGAUUGCAUUCUUUACACCUGUUGCUGUUGGAACAGGAAUUACAUGGAUACUCAUGCGUGAUGGUGAUAAAGAUUUAUCGCAAUUCAAACAAGAACAACCAGAAACACUUAAAUUAUAUCACGAGAAUAAUGUAAAGAUUAUGAAACGUAUUGUUGAUUCGACCAAAGGUGAUAAGAUUGUAUACUUUGCUGAAAAGGAAGUAGAGGUUUUACCAUCUGUCAGUGACAGUACUACAAAGAAUAAUAAUAGUGUUGAUGCACAAAAAGGAUUCUUAUCAAGAUGGUUUGGUUGGGGUUCAUCAUCGACAGAUACAUUGAAACAAGAUAAACCAUUAAAACAAUCAGAUGCUGUUGUAACAUCAGCACCUACAAUGGUGCCAACCAAACAACAAGCAAAUCAACAAAAACAAGAAGAUAGAAUCAAACAAUUACAAGAAGAAACUAAAAAGAAACAACAACAACAACAACAGAAAUAA